GAACAAACGGGAUAUUCAGCAGUCGCCUGUGGCUGCCAGAGUAACUCCUCUGGGGAAAUUAAGCGUCAAGUCAGCCAGCACCGUAAUCGCCUUUAAAAAGCGCCCCCACCCGCCUGUCGCGCACACCCGGAUACCUGGGCUGCCCCGCGGCUGCGUGCGUGCGUGCGUGUGUGACAGAGAGAGAGAGAGGGCGGGGAAGCGAGCCGGGGCGUGUGCGGCGUGCGAGCCAGUGUUUCUGCCAGUGUGUGCCGGAGGGUGAGCUUGGGGGGGUGCGACCCGGUGUGUGUACCGGCGGGCGCGCCGGGGUGGGAGCGAGCCGCGUGCGUCUACACCGGCCAUGAGGGGCGCGGGCGCCUGGGCCGCGCUCUGCCUGCUGCUGGCCGCGGCCGCGCAGCUCUCGCGGCAGCAGCCCCCGGAGAGACCUGUUUUCACAUGUGGCGGCAUUCUUACUGGAGAGUCUGGAUUUAUUGGCAGUGAAGGUUUCCCUGGAGUGUACCCUCCAAAUAGCAAAUGUACUUGGAAAAUCACAGUUCCCGAGGGCAAAGUGGUAGUUCUGAAUUUCCGAUUCAUAGAUCUCGAGAGUGACAACCUGUGCCGUUAUGACUUUGUGGAUGUGUACAGUGGUCAUACCAAUGGCCAGCGUAUCGGGCGCUUCUGUGGCACGUUCCGGCCUGGAGCCCUUGUGUCCAGUGGUAACAAGAUGAUGGUGCAGAUGAUUUCUGAUGCCAACACAGCUGGGAAUGGCUUCAUGGCCAUGUUCUCUGCUGCUGAACCAAAUGAAAGAGGAGAUCAGUAUUGUGGAGGACGCCUAGAAAGACCUUCUGGCUCUUUUCAAACCCCCAACUGGCCAGACCGAGAUUACCCUGCAGGAGUCACUUGUGUGUGGCACAUUGUAGCCCCAAAGAAUCAGCUUAUAGAAUUGAAAUUUGAGAAGUUUGAUGUUGAGCGUGAUAACUAUUGCCGUUACGAUUUUGUGGCUGUGUUCAAUGGUGGAGAAGUCAAUGACGCUAAAAGAAUCGGCAAGUAUUGUGGCGAUAGUCCACCUGCGCCAAUUGUAUCUGAGAGAAAUGAACUUCUCGUUCAGUUUUUAUCAGACUUAAGUUUAACUGCAGAUGGGUUUAUUGGUCACUACAAAUUCAGGCCAAAAAAAUUGCCUACAACUUCAGCACCACCUGUUACCACCACAUUCCCUGUAACCACAGGUUUAAAACCCACAGUGGCCCUGUGUCAACAAAAGUGUAGACGGACGGGGACUCUGGAGAGCAAUUAUUGUUCAAGUAACUUUGUAUUGGCCGGCACCGUGAUCACAGCUGUCACCCGAGGUGGAAGCUUGCAUGCCACCGUCUCCAUCAUCAACAUCUACAAAGAGGGAAAUCUGGCAAUUCAGCAGGCUGGCAAGAACAUGAGUGCCAAGGUCAUUGUGGUCUGCAAGCAGUGCCCUCUCCUCAGGAGAGGUCUAAAUUACAUUAUUAUGGGCCAGGUGGGUGAAGACGGGCGAGGCAAAAUCAUGCCAAACAGCUUUAUCAUGAUGUUCAAGACCAAGAAUCAGAAGCUCUUGGAUGCCUUGAAAGACAAGCAAUGUUAAUAGUGAACUGUGUCAAUUUAAGUUGCAUUCUGCCAUUGCCUUUGAAAGAUCUAUAUUUUUCUCUGUAGAAAAAAAAAUCUUAUAUUAAAUAUUGAGCAUUCAGAAAGAUUUACUCUUCACAUGAUGUAGGUAUGAGACCUCCAAUAUCGCUGGUGGAAGUUCUGUGUCUGCACCGAGAGGAACAGAUGCGUGAUUGAAAACCUGCAGACUUAGUGCGGCGACAGGGAACUGAAUGUAUCAAGCGUUCUCAGUGUGGAAGCAGUUUAUUUAUACAUCUCUGUAAAAGGGUAUUUUAGGAAUCAGUUGUGUGAAGAUGUAAAAAAGAUUUUAUAAGUGCAAUAUUUAUAGUGAUAUUUGUUUUACCUUUAAGCAUUUGCUCUGAGGUGUUAUAUUCUUCUCUUGCAUUUUUUUAAGUCAGUGCUUAAUAAAAUAUUUUUAAAUGAUUACAUAGCAGCCA